GGCAAGCAUCAAGUCCACUCCUCCACAGCUAAGCUCUAGUUCUAGCUUCUUCCGUCUCCUACAUACAGAUCCAUUCCGUGGAUCGAUCUCUCCAACGAUGCCUCGGCUGCUCCUCUUGUGCCUGGUGUCUAGCCAUUUCGCGGUGACCGCCGUCAUGGCGCGGCAGUUCCCCGUCUUCCUCGUCGGUGGCGGCGCCAUGGCAGCGGACGCCCCUUCUGCUUCUGCUUUCGAUGCUUCGCGUCUGCAUAGGCACUCCCUUUUGGAGUCCAGAUUUGCAGCAUCGCCGAUGGGCUCGUCUGACCACGGACUACGGCACGGCCCCUUCGACAGGCACUUCGCCGGGGGCAAGAUCAUACUCGGCGGCCUCGCGGUGGCGAUCAUCGCCGCGGUCUUCUGCUACAUCCGCAUCACCAGGGCCAAGAAGAUCGUCGAGCCAAAAACUUAGACUUCUCUCUCUUCCCUGGUUAAUAUCAUACCUUGAACACUUCUUUUUCGUCUUUCUUUGUAGCGAGGACACGGGGAAAAAACAAAUGUAACCCACGUAGAUUUCGUUGUAACAUGCAAAGAACAGUUAAUUACUGGCGAUGACUGAUGA